GUUUAGGUUGGUAAUGUUCGAAUGAGUCUGUAGCGGCAACCAUUCGGCUUGGUUAGGCUGCAUAAAUUUGAAGGAAUAUAGGAUUGAUUUAUAAUCCUAGCAGUCAGUCAUUUUAAAGGAUAAAAUAAUGCUUUAUUGAGUUCCCUUAUCUUACCAGAUGAGCCGUUGUCCUGUAGAAUAUUCAAAUCCUAAUUCCCAGAAUACCAUAUCUUAUAUUACCUCAGAUUCUGUUAUUAGUGUCUCGUUCGCAGAUUGUCAGUCGUCUAGUCCUUCAUACCACUCUUUGUCAUCAAGUACGACUCUUCCUGGUGUUGGCUCUUUCUUGGAUAAAUCAAAUCACCUUUCACACUAUUCUCCUAAUAAAUAUUAUGAUACAGAACCUACUGUAAUUCCGGGACACUCUUACGUUGAGAACAGUGGCGUUUUCGAUAACAAUCUUCCUUAUCCAAUAAAAUCAGAGACCAUUCACGAAAUAGUAUCUGGGACGUUUAUUACUCCAGAUGCACACAACCAAUCAUGUUUUACAUCUUCUUUACAACCUCUAAAAUCAUUAAACCCAAGUCUUCCUGUCCAAUCUAGUGAAUCUUUGUUAACUGGUUUCACUCAUCCACUUUCUAUGGACCAUACUGUUUUAGAAGACGGUGGGUUAGAUUUGGAUCGAGUGUUUGUCGCUAUUAUUAAUGAUCGAAAUUCUGAACAUGAUAUCUUUAAUGACACUGAUGUUAAUUGUGAUAAUGAACGCUGUUCAAAUGAUAAAUCGAAUUCCUGUAAUAAACAGUUACUUAAUAAUAGUAUUCAGUCGUCUGUUAAUCAAAGUAUGCUAACAGAUGAUUCAGAGGACAAAAGUUUAUUACAGUACUAUCCUGUAGUAGAUACCGAGAAGACAACUCAACAUCAAACCCAUCCAAAAACAUCCCCCAUUUCAGAAGUUGACCAAACACACAAAUCGUCUGGAUCAUCUGAAGUUUCAAACCGAAUGUGCGUAGUUUGUGGUGACAAAGCUUCAGGAUUCCAUUAUGGUGUGUCUACAUGCGAGGGUUGUAAGGGUUUCUUCCGACGUGCUAUACAGCGUGACCAAUCAUAUACUUGUGCUAAAAAUGGUACAUGUGAGAUAAAUAAAACGCUUCGUAAUAAAUGUCAACAAUGUCGACUCCUCAAGUGCAUUGCUGUGGGAAUGUCGAGAGAUGCUGUUCGUAAAAGGCGUCAUGGCAAAAAACGGGAACAGUCUUCUUGUGAAUCAGUCACCUUGCCUAGUUCAGAUUCCUCAAACAAAUAUGAAGCAUCAGCGUAUUCGUCAGGUUCUGCAGAUGUAGUUUUAACUCCAUCUGAAGCACAAUUAAAUGAAACUACACUUAAUCCCCACGAAAUGCCAAUAAAAUCAACUAAUUUUCAACCAUCAUCUUCAUCAAUACCAUCUUCUACUAACAUUUCUUUAACCUUAUGUAAUAAUGAUAAUAGCGAAAAUAGUAACAGUUUGACUAAGGAAGAUCAACAAACUCUAGACAAAUUUGAUCGUUUUUUAAACUAUUGUAAAGAUCAAGCUAUCAAAUAUCAGGCAAAUAGUUGGAACAUUUCUAAAUCUGAUUAUUAUCACUUAUCAGGAUCUUUAUCAAGACAUUUAUCUCCCAUAAAGGUAUGUUUAAUGGGUGAUUUAAAAAAAUCUUAUUUUGAAAACUUUUGUAAUGAUAGAUUACCAUCGAAUGAUGACAAAAUAAAAGUACAUACUCCCCAUGAAUUGGGUGAAUCAUUAAAGCUUCUUACAGUGGAUGAAAUAUUUUGUCCUGCUCAACUUAAAUUUACACAUGAAUUCGCCUGUCAUUUAGAACAGUUUAUACGACUUUCUCAGCAUGAUCAAUCUAUCCUAUUAAGAGAUUGUUUGCCUGAACUUGCUAUAUUAAUGUUAUGUCGUGAAAAUCGGAACAAGACUCAAAUGAACUUUUCAUCUACAUCAAUAAAUUAUCAAUUGAAUUGUUUAUUUAGUCCAUGGUUUCCGAAUGCAGUGGUUACAGAUUCCUCUCUGGAUUGUCUACAUAUGACUUGUGAUAGUAUAACUUCUCAAAGUAUUUUUCAAUUUGCUUCAAGACUUCAACGAUUACAUUUGACAAAUAUGGAAUUUGGACCACUUAUUGGUGUGAUACUUUUUACUCCAGAACGUUCUGAUUUAUUAGAUAUUGACUUUGUCAAUCGUACACAAAAUUUAUGGGCUGAAUUAUUACGUCGUUAUUGUGAAAGUAAUGGAUCACAAACACGUUGUGCUCAUUUAAUUAUGAUUUUAUCUACACUACGUGAACUUGCCUCUAAAAUAACGCAUAAUUUAAAUGCAUGGUAUAAAUUAUCUAAUACUCCAAUGUCAAAUUGUCUUAAAGAAUUUCUUUAUUCUUCCAGUUUUAAUUCAAUGGAUGAUUGUUUUUAAUUAUUGUGUAAUUUUCUUAUGAUUUUUCUUGGUGAUGAAUAAUAGUGAGAGAGAUACCUCUUGCCUUUUAAAAGAAACAGUUAGGAUUACAUACUACAUAUCUUCUUGUAUUUGUGGUUAAUUUUGCUGUUAUUAUUUUAUGAAUAUAUUUGUAAUUAUCUAGAUGAUCAAAUGUACGCACACGGGUUACCUGUUUACUAAAUCAGCAUGAAUUUUAUAAAUAUUCCUUUUUUUUUAAAAAAAACGUUACCUUAAUGUUCAUACGCACAAUGAUAAUCUCAUCUCUUUGAUAACUUAUAGGCUAUCAAUACUAUUUUAGUGGUUAAUUCGAUUAAAUUAAGGAAUGAUAAUAGAGAAAAGUUUAGAAGUGAUUAUAUGUAAGACCAAAUUAUUUCUAUUUGGUUGUCUUUUUACUGCUUAUCAUGACGAUCUUUUUUUUUCAUUUUUGUUUUCUGCCUCAUAAUUUUUUUUUACCAAUUUUGUUGAUGCAAUUUACAAGGAUCUCUUAUUUUCGAAAGAAAAUAUUCACGCACAAUUAUUAUUAUUAUUACUACUAUCUAUAUGAAUAAUAAUAUUACUAAUAAUCCAGUGAUUUCGGCUUACCAUGACUAUUAAUACGAUUUGAAACUACUAUGCGCCUCAUUAUUUUGUUUACAAUUAUAUUCUGACGUGAAAAGUUGAUAAACAUUAACUCAUUUUCAUCUUUUCCUCCACCUUUCUGUCUCUUUGUAAUGUACAUUGUGUUUACAAAAUGGUAUUCCUGUAAACAAAUACUCUUACGCAUAUCUCCUGUUUUUAUAUAUUGUAAAACUAUGUACUUUUGUGUGUUUCUUGUCUUUGAUUUUUUUUAUCUCUACUAGUAGUGAUAUAAUUCUUGUAUUCCGUCUUCCGAUUUAUUACAUG